AUGUCUACUUUUGAUAGAUUUAAUAUUCAUGCUCAAUUGGAACAUCUGCAAAGCAAAUACCAAGGAUCUGGUCAUUCUGAUACUACUAGAUGGGAAUGGUUAACGAAUAUUCAUAGAGAUACCUUGGCAUCUCAUGUUGGUCAUUAUUCAAGAUUAGCAUAUUUUGCCAUAGUAGAAAAUGAGCCAAUUGCUAAAAUAAGAUAUCGAUGUCUUCAGAAUAUAUCUAUUCCCGUUGUUCCUAAAGAAAGAAAAGAAUUGAAAGAGUAG